AUGGCAGCAACCCAGCUUCCGGCAGCUGCUGUCGCGUCUAAAGUACAGACAGCGGAGGAGGUCCGGGAGUAUGAGAAGAUCCUAAGAAUAAGUGAGGAUAUCUUUUCUGGAACUCACCCUAGGUUGAAGGUUCCACAGCAGUUUGUCCGCAAAGUCGCGUCUCGCAAUCAACCUGCAUCGGCGACGCCUCAGAGCAAAGCGGAUGAAACUGCGGGCUCUCCUUCUAAGCCUCCGUCUCAAUAUGUCGCGUCUAUAGCGAUGCCGACCAGCACCCAGAGUACAAAUACCCCUAAUGGUUCAUCAAUCACGACGGCCUCUCGUAUUACCCAGAAGCCUGCCUCCGGAAUUGAUCCGAUAUUUUUGGAAAAAUCGGAUGAUCUAGUGAGGGCAGAAAUCCAAUUACAGAGACAAAGAGUGGAGAGAGAAAUACGGGAACAGGUUGAACUGAGGAAACAACAGUCAAAACAGAGAGUGUCCGUACAGGACGCGACCCCUGAUUUUGAUGUCUCCGAUGUCCUCAACCGGGCGUUUGAAAUAGUCAAGCCCUCCCCCGGCCCUGAGGUUCCUGGGCCUGGGGCCCCUAGCGAUUCAUUCGAUGAAAAUUCCUUCUACUCUAGCAGAGCCCCUGACUCCCCACAGCACGGUGACCACCAGAAGCCGUCUUCGGCGUCGUCUUCGAUCCCUGACGAACAUGGCACUGGGGUUACUGGUGAAAGAUACUCAGAUGAGUUGCAUCGGCUUGAAGCCCUCAACCGUCCUGAAUCGGAUCAGUCAAUGCCGGAUACUUACUCCAUUGCAGAGCCCCGAAUUUCAUCUCAUCAUCCAAGACAGCCGCAUCAUCCUGAAGAUCCUUCGGCGUACAGAGUACAGCACAUUCGCCAACAGGUUGACCCGUUAGACGAACCCGAAUACUCACCACCGGCCCCCGGCGUGGCACCGAUGGAAAUAGUAGAAAGCUAUGAGCCUCCUAGAGCGGAUCCGAAUGCGUCUAGACGCCGAGUCAUUGACCCACGAGAUCGGUACGCUAGACGAUCAAUCUCCCCAGGAGAUGGCGUACGAGUCAUCCGAAACCAUAUUACUUCCCCUGCAGCUCCCCAGCCGUCAAGAGUCUCGCCUCUCGCCAUCGCGAAAGUUCCCUCAGUCCAUCAGAUCCAUGAUUCCCGCCCGGAGUAUGAUCCGGAACGCCGAGGGAGCCCUGAGGCACCACCCCAGCCUCUGGUGACUAGGAAGCGUAGGAGGUUACAAGGGGACAGGGAUCUGUCUCGUCCGCCAGUGUAUCGAGCCCACGGUGCUAGUUCGGCCAAGCCGUUUAUUAAAGAGGAGCCUGUUUCUCCUCCGCCGUUUGCCGAUACCACACCAAUGUACCGCGCUCGUGCUCCUCAGGAAGGGCCUGUCUAUAUUGAUGUUCCUUCCCCCCGUUACACCCCUGUGGUAGAAAGAAGAGAGCCACUCAUGAGACCUUCAGCAUAUGGGCUGGAUCCUUAUGAAGACGCUCAUAGUGAUUCAGGAAUUCCGCGCACGGUUUCACGACUUGGCACCCAACGGUCAAUGCGCGAUGACCAAGAUUUGCGGAGAGUCGCGAGUCUUCACCAAGCCCGAAAACCAGAGUAUGCGCGUGAAUAUAUUGACCCGCAAAGCCCUCAUUCUGCCCGUAACGGACCAUAUACAGUUGUUGAACGCCCACAGCAGGAUGGUGUCCGAUAUUAUGAUGACCCUGGAGUACUCCCACCGAGGCAUUAUGCCUCUCCUGUUCCGCCACAGUUGAGCGAAGCUUACUACAAUGAUUAUGUCGUGGAGCCGCCACCCCGACGAAUUGUUGUUGAUGAGCGUGGGAAUCAGUAUUAUGAGGCACUUCCCGCACCAAGAGUACAAGCUAUGCCUCCGCCAAGUAGUCGAAUUCCAAGAGCCGAUGUCUACGAGGGACCGCCGCCCAUGCGUCACGCCAGUGUACGGGCCGCGUCUGUUCUCGAAGAUCCAUACGGUGGCCGAAGAUAUGUACAAGAGGUGCCUCCGCAGGGGUCUUACAGACGAGUUACGGAUUAUGCUCGACCAACGCCUAAUGAACGGCGCCCCUAUGCUGCACCCUUUGAUGGGAGAGAGCCGUAUCCGCGGAGCGGUAGUGUCCAGGUUCACGAUUAUACACCCCGACAGAGUCAUUACGCGGAAGAAGCCGAGCUUCCCCGAGAAAGGAUAGUGAGGAUUCCAAGUGUCAGACCGCCGACGACAGCCAGAUAUCAGGAGCCGCGUGAAGUAAUCCAGCGCGUGGAGAGUGUCCGUCCUGGUGGUCGCGACAUGAGUGUAUAUAUUGACGAGGAUGCCCGCCGGCCGAGAGAGUAUAUUGAGCAGCGACCCGUGUACGUAGCUGCUCCACGACCUAUGGCUCAUGAAGAGCGGUAUUACGAGAACGGCGAACCAGAGCGAGUGGUGCUCGAUGGGCCGAGGGAUGCAAUUCACCGGAGCUCUCAGCGCUACUGA